UUUUCCCUGGAGAAUCAAAAUCUGAGAGAACACCUACGGCUUAUUCCAGACUAUGCUACCCUAAGAGCCAGGCAUCUAGUUGUGACAAAAUAAACGUCCAUGUGAACAGGACAAGUAGAUGUAAUAGAAUGGACCCAUCUGUACUACAGGUCAGGGUAUUGAACCCGGGUCAUUUAACAGUUACAGACUUAGCAUAUAGUUGUGCGAAAUAAGCAGCCAUCUACAUAAACGUAGGAACAAUAGGUAGAUAGAAGCAAGAGAGGAGAUACUUGGGAGUAAGAAGCUCAGAAAUAAAUGGAAAUCCCCGGGGUUUCCUUCAGUAGCUGCCAGAGGCGUCAGUGAAACCUGGCCAGGACUGCCAGUGUAAAUAUGGCGACGGGGGGAGGUGACCUGCAUGUCAGUGUGGCGGGGAAACCUACAGGACCUUACACUGAGGCUGAGUCUUCUGAGAGUGAAGCUGAGACCGAACCUGCAAAGUCUUUCCACAGGAGAAUAUCCACUAAUAAAGAGAUAAAAUGUAGUGUUUCUAUUAAGGAAGGGUUUCUAAUGAAACAGACGUCAUCAUUUCAGCGAUGGCGUAAAAGAUAUUUUAAGCUCAAGGGACACAAGUUAUACUAUGCAAAGGAUACCAAGAGUGUAAUAUUUGAUGAAAUCCACCUGACAGAUCUGAGCGUAGCAGAGUGUAGUACCAAGAACGUCAACCACAGCUUCCAGUGCAUAACACCUUUCCGAAGUUUGGUGCUGGCUGCUGAAACUCGUCGAGAGAUGGAGGAAUGGAUUGCUGCCCUCAAGUCUGCAAACACCACUACCCACUAUUAUGAGGGAGCAGACCAGGUUCACUCUCUACUCUCAGGCCAACAUAACUGGUAUGCUACAUCACAUGCUCGGCCCACAUAUUGCAAUGUGUGCCGGGAGGCCCUCUCAGGAGUAACAUCACAUGGCCUAAGUUGUGAGGUGUGUAAGUUAAAGGCACAUAAGCGUUGUGCAGCCAAAGCGCUCAACAAUUGCAAGUGGACUACCCUGGCCUCUGUAGGAAAGGAUAUUAUUGAGGAUGAAGAAGGGAACCUUGCAAUGCCCCAUCAGUGGCUGGAAGGAAACUUACCUGUAUCUGCCAAGUGUGCUGUUUGUGAAAAGACCUGUGGCUCUGUUCUCAGAUUACAAGACUGGAGAUGUCUGUGGUGCCGAGCGAUGGUGCACACUGCAUGUCGUCCACUUCACCCCACCCGCUGUCCAUUAGGUCCUUGCCGUGUCUCCAUUGUCCCCCCAACUGCACUCACCACAAUAGGGACGGACGAGUCAUGGGAAGCGACCAGACCUCAGGGCUGCUCACCACUCCUAGUGUUUGUUAACAGCAAGAGUGGCGACAAUCAAGGUGUGAGGUUUCUGCGGCGUUUCAAGCAACUCCUCAAUCCGGCGCAAGUGUUUGAUUUGAUGAAUGGUGGACCAUUAUUAGGGCUUCGACUUUUCAAGUGUUUCAACCCAUUCCGAAUUUUAAUAUGCAGUGGGGAUGGAUCAGUGGGAUGGGUCCUGUCAGAGAUUGACAAGCUACAUAUGACAAAUCAGUGUCAGAUUGGUGUACUACCAUUGGGCACUGGUAAUGAUCUGGCACGCGUUCUUGGCUGGGGCUCGGCGUGUGAUGACGACACACAUCUUCCUCACAUACUGGAGAAAUACGAGAGAGCAACCACAAAAAUGCUGGACAGAUGGAGCAUAAUGAGUUUCGUGAGCCAUGUUUCACUGAGUCCUGAACACAAACUGCAGUCACUUACUUCCCAUUCCCUGCUUUCUCAAGUAGCAGCUUAUGAAGAUUCAGUUGGCACUCAUUUAGCGACAUUGCUUCAGUCAGACCAACAUUCCGUAGUUAUUUCAUCAGCAAAAGUGUUAUGCGAGACAAUCAAAUCCUUAAUUACAAAAGUGGGAAAAAGCUGGGGUGAAGACUCCCACACAACUGAAGGAAGCACGGAUACACAAGGUUUAGAGGACUCUCUCUCGGCUAAAUGUGCUGUUCUCAACGAUAAGUUAGACUUGCUGCUCAGAGCACUACACGAGGAGAGCAUAGCAUCCAUGUCUUCUAUUAGUACUGCAACCCCAGAAAAUUCAUCGAUUGUUGAUGAGAGUCCAGAAACGAGUGAAGACCUUGAUAGUUCAGAAAAAAACAUACUGUGCAGAGAUGAAAAAAGGGCUUCCAAUAUUCAACAUAGAAAAAGGACGAAACGGAAACAGUUCAUAGAGAAGGAUGCAUUGAUGUCUCGAGCAAAUAGCCUGAAGAAGGCUGUUCGUGAAAUUAUAGAACACACAGAAAGAGCAGUUGAUGACCAGAAUGCACAAACAGCUAUGAGGCUUCCCCUUCCUAUAAUAACAUUAGAGCCUUCAGAGGAUGUAGAAUUUGAGAAAAUUGGCGAGCAAAGAAUAUCGGGUUCAGAAUUGAAGGUCCUGCCUACCAUCGAGGGGUCAUCUGCAGAGGUAUCACCUUGUCCCUCACCAGUGCCUAUGCAAACUACACAUCCCUUUGUUUCUUCCAUCACCACUAAUUUUCCCCUCCCACCUGCUUCUCCUCUCCCUGGUACAUCGUCCACUCAUCCCAAAUAUACGAUCUGUAUACCCGGUCAACACUCCGAUAUGUCCCUUCCUGCUUCUACAUUCCUCCAACUUCCAGGCACUGUCUCCCCUCCUGUUGCCUCGAGUGUUGAUGACUCCGUGGAACAGUUACGAGUAAAUUACCAGGCCAUUUCACCGCUUCCUGAAAUUCGUAGAGAGAGCCAUACUGAAUUUGAGUUUCCUCCUACAAUACCCGUUCCAAGUGAAUUUGCUGAUAUGUCACGGAAGAACAGCAUGCAGGAGAGCAGAGAGAUGACUGGAGAUAGGUGUCCUAUUCCCAUUGAAGACAUUGAGGUUAGGAUACAGUCAUCAACAGACAAUCUGGUGGAUGUUGGUGAAGAUGAACCAUACACAUUUGAGGAAAAAUCUAUAACAGAAAUAAGAGAUUCUUUAGCAAAUUCAUUAAACAACUCGCUCGAUAUAGAUGAAGAUUGGGGACAAAUAGAAGAUGUAGAUAAAGAAGGAAUUCAAGGGGAAAAAGUAAAAAGUAGAGAGGAAGCACAUGAGAGUGAUGGGGAGGAAGAGAGAGAGAAAACAGAAGGAUUAGAUAGUGAUGAAACAGAUGAAACAGUAAAGGAAACACACAAAGAUGAACAUAAACAUGAUGGUGGUGUUGCUGACGACACUACACCUGAAGGUGACCAAAGUGUUGUGGAAGAUGUCACGAGUGUCAAAGAGCAAGACGAGAGUGACGAUCAAAAUUCUCACCCUGCUGAUAGAGAUGAUGACAUUGAAGGUGAACAUUUAGUGUGUCGAAGGGAAGAACCAACUGGAGGAGAGUCACAGGAUGAUCUACAGUCACCAGAUGUUCCAUUGGCACAAGAAGAGUUCUCUGGGAGUGUUGAUGAUGAAUUAGAUGAUGAUUUGGUGCCACCUCCAUCGGAGAGAAUUGUUGAGGGAGCAGAAGCUGGCACGGAAGAUGAGAUGGAAGAAGAAGAGAAAGGUGAGGACUCAUCGCGGCGCAUCUCUUCAGGCUCUACCCUAAAAAGUCAAGCUGGCCACAUUACCACUUUACGCGUGGCUUCCUCCACCUCUGGACGGGACAAGAGUAGAAGUCCUGAGCGUGGAGGACGGGGCUCAGCCAGCCGAGGGUUAGCUAGGGGUUCUGCAGCUGCUCGAUCAUCUCGCAAACACCUCCCUAUCAUCAACCCGCUUGUCUCACUACCUAUGUGGCCAAAUAUAGCAGCCGGUGGGAGUUGUGGUGGUCUCAUCAGCAAGGUUCUCCUAGCUAACGCUGAUGCUCUCUGCGCUGCUGCCUCACCUCUCAUGGAUCUUGACGACUCCUCGCUAGAUGGAUUUGAUGAAAGGUGCACAAUGAAUAACUACUUUGGUAUUGGUAUUGAUGCAAAAAUUACAUUAGAUUUCCACAAUAAAAGAGAAGAACACCCUGAAAAAUGUCGAUCAAGAACCAAGAACUUCAUGUGGUAUGGCGUCCUGGCUUCAAAGGAAUGGCUCUGUAAAACCUAUAAGAACCUGGAUCAGCGUGUGCAACUGGAAUGUGAUGGAGAAAGAAUUCCUCUGCCAUCACUACAAGGCAUCGUUGUACUUAAUAUUCCUAGUUUUAUGGGAGGCACUAAUUUUUGGGGAGGAACUAAAGAAGACGACUGUUUUUUGGCACCAAGUUUUGAUGACCGAAUUCUUGAAGUUGUAGCUGUGUUUGGCUCAGCACAGAUGGCCGCUUCCCGCAUAAUAAAUUUACAGCAUCAUCGAAUAGCUCAGUGCUCCAGCAUAAAGAUCACAAUCCUUGGUGAGGCAGGUGAAGAGGGAGUACCAAUUCAGGUUGAUGGUGAAGCAUGGACACAACCUCCUGGAAUUGUUCGCAUUGUUCACAAAAACAGAGUACAAAUGCUUUGCAGGAAUCGGGACUUAGAAGUUUCACUCAAGGCUUGGGAGGAGAAACAGCGCAGUAGCGGCAGCCAGACUAAACAGUUAACAUUACUUGCUGAUGAGGAGCUUCCUGUACUUGCAACAAUAGCUUCCUCAGUUGCAGAUGUUGUCAGCUGUGUUCGCAUGGCAGCUUCUUCCACUCCUGCUCUGGAGAGUCAUCUUGGAGAGUUGGCAUCAUCAGCUGCCACCUGCUUAGAGAAGAUUUGGCGUGAUGGAAGAAUUAUUGAAAGUCCAAACCUACGAAUGUUAGCAACAGAGCUGGUUAAUAAUGUUCGAAAUUUGCACGGAGAAGUUUUCAACUUGCUGAAAGAAGAAUCUUUGGAAAUAAAUAAAGGAUUAGAAGAAAAUCUACAAGGGACAUUGGAAAAUCUGGACAGCUCUCUGAAAAGUGCACACGAGAAGGACAGCGUGAUGUACUUUGUUUCUGAUGAGGAGGGUGAGCGGAAGAGAGUCCAUUCAAAAGGAAUAUUUAAACUAAAACUGAAGCGAGAAGGGCGACGAGGAGGAUUCGAAAGAGAAGUGAGAGAAUGGGGUCCAGAAGAGGUUGCUGUUUGGCUUGACACUCUACAACUGACUGAAUACCAAGAAUCUUUCAUUCGUCAUGACAUACGAGGCUCAGAGCUAUUGAAUUUAGAGAGAAGAGAUCUAAAGGAAUUAGGUAUAACAAAGAUUGGCCACAUCAAACGCAUUCAGCAGGGCAUCAGAGAGAUCAAAGACAGUAAGCUUCAUACUUAGGAAAACUGAUAGAAUUGUAUUCGACUGAAAGUGAGUGUUGAGUCAGACUGGUAGUGGGUAGUUUCAAAUAUUUAUUAUCAUUUUUUAAGAAGGGCUUAACCCAUGUUGAUCCUCCAUUUGCUAACUGGAAGAUGGACACUCUACCUACCUGUACUCAUCUAGGUAAACAACUUAAAUUGGAAGCAGUGUCUCUCAAUUCGGAUAAUAUUUAAUGAAAGUGGGAAGACACUAAAUUAUCUCUCAAAUACUGUUGUCUUUUUAAUAAGAAAUAUCUCCCCAGUAGUUACAUUAUAUCAUCAUCUUCAGUUAAUUUUGUACAGAAUUCUAUAAAGUCCCUUGACUGUUGAAAUGUCCAUUGUUUUCUUUUUUUAAGGACUUUUUUUUUUUUAGAUUAAUUACUCAUUAUAUUAUCAGUAAACGUAUGUUUAUUUUAGCUGAAUGAUAUGUCACUUUAAUGUGAAAUGGAAGUUUAUACAGAUAGUUUUUUUUAUAACCAUAGCAUAUCACCAAAAAUCUUGUUAUUUCUCCAAACUUUUUAUUCUCGGUGGCCUCAGAAGGAGAAUCCACUUGACUGAGAAUGAGGUUGUUUCUUAUGGUAUUAAUUUAAAUAUACUUUCCAUUACUGUAUUUUAACAACUCAGUAUUAUGUAAGUACACAUAUUAUUGUACUUUCAACGAAAGACCACUUAUUGUUGAAUUUUGUUUUAUAAUUUAUGUUACUUAUUGAUUAAUGUGUAUUUCUAGUCAAAACAUUUCCAGGUAAUUUAUCCAUUUCAUUGAAGUAAUCAGUAAAACUUUUUAUUAAUACUUUUUACUUUAUUUAAUUUAGCAAACCACUUUAGUAAGGAAUGAGGUAUAAUUAAUAGUAUUGUACUACUGUAAAAACCAGUUUAUUGACAAAAUUCUUUUGAGUGGUUGUUUGUGCAAUGAAUCACAUGGUACCGAUAUGAUAUUGUAUUGACAGACUCUAGCAAUGUUACAGUUCUCACACACAUUCUCUUCUGAAAUGGUCGUUACUUUUGUAUGGAAUGACUAUUUUGUAUAAUGUAACUGAUAGUAUUGAUAUACUUUUAGGUAUUAAAUACUGUACUGAAGCUAGGCUAGUCACGAGUUUAUAGUACUGUUGUCUUCUGUGUUAUGUCAGAAGCUUCAGCCAGUUAUGCAAAUGGAUACUGCACUGUCAGCUAUAAAUUUCAUAUUAGUUUCAUAUUUUUAAAAAAGUUAAAUUUUCUCAUACCAUUUGUACUAUGCGUGUAUAUCAGAAUAUAUUUAAUAUGCCUGUUUUAAGGCUCCUUGCCCAUUGUUUUGGGUAUAUUUCUGUGACACUGUUUAUGUCCCAUACUUGUUGUCUAAUAUAUCUGUCUUGAGGUGACAUAAUAUUGUGAAUCACUAUCAUAGUGAUCAGCCUCUGGGAUAGUACACAUAUUGUUACCACUUUUGGAGAAGGCACUUCUUUGUCAUCUUCAAAGAUACAGUUGCUUAUUAUUUCUCUUAUAAGGAAUUGCUGUCUUGCCUAAAUUAACUAUUAACCUAUUACCAGGUUACAUAAUUUUAAGGAAUUACUAUCUUUGUUUUUUUUCCUUAAUAUCUAGAUCAAUAUUUCUCAGGUGGAUUUGUCCAGUGGCCUUGCAUCUAGGUUGAUGAUCACCAUAGUUCCCUGUCAUCUUUCCAAUGUUGAAAAAAAAUUGAUUAUGAACUGACUCUACUUCCUUUCUUCUCAUGUGUCAGUCUAGUAUUGCUUAGUGGUGAUCAAGUCUGCCACUCGGCAUAAAUUUGACUUUCAUUCUGAUUGCUUUUAAGACAAAAUGCUAGGCCUAGAUUUCCUUCUUAGAUAUUCCCUGGCAUAAGUUAUUAGAAUUCAUAACAUGGAUGAUGAGUACACUUUAAGAAACCUAGGAGAAUCAGAAGCAAAAAAAGAAAUUUUUUUUGCUGCAACCUGGACAUGACUUUUUGGAAAGCCACUCGCAAUUCCACAGAAGUUCAAGAGCCAUUGGCAGAAAAACGUAUGUCUAGAUAAAUAGUGUAUUCCUUUUUACAAAAUGUUAUCUUGCAGUAGUGCAAGUUACAAAUAUUGUGGCUGCCAUUACUAGAGUAAAUAAACACUUUUAAGUUUCUGUAUUUACGUUGCAUAGAACUAUGACUAUUGAUGUGCAUAAUUGACGUAGUACAUGAUAUUGAGGGGCAGUGCCCUUUCCUGUAGUGUAACUGUUAGUCUUGUAGGCUAUUUGUGGUUGUUUAGUUUAUUGCAGAGCUGGGCUCUUCUUGUAUUCAGUAGUGAA